GAGGCGGCCGGAGUCCCCCGCAGCAGCAUCGCCUCCCUGUCCUGGGCAGCGGUGCCAGUGCGGUGCACCCGCGCGAGCGGCCCUGGCUCGGCCGUUGCAGCCCGGGCUGCCGCUCGCCGCCUCCCGCCGCCGCCUCUCGCAGCGUCGCGCUGCCGCCGCCGCAGCCCCACGGAUCGGCCCCCACGACGGGGCUUCGGCCCCGGAUCCCGCCGAGGGCCAAGCAAUUUCCGAAGAGCUUUCUUCUGCUAUCCUCUUAAUGUGCUGUGUGUCUUCAUGUGCUGAUAGUCUGUAAAAACAGGAUCCACUAGGAUUUUUUAGCACUUUGAGAUACAACAAUGGUGGCACAUAUGCUGUUCAAGCAGAUUCUAAAAGGCUUUAUUCUGUGUUUUCUGCUCAGAACUACUCUGUCCCUAAAUCCAGAUGAUCCAAAUGUUUGUAGUCAUUGGGAAAGCUACGCUGUGACAGUACAGGAAUCUUAUGCUCAUCCUUUUGAUCAGAUCUAUUAUACAAGAUGUACUGACAUACUGAACUGGUUCAAGUGCACUAGACAUAGAAUAAGUUAUAAAACAGCAUAUCGAAGAGGACUAAGAACUAUGUAUCGGCGAAGAUCUCAGUGCUGCCCUGGAUAUUAUGAAAGUGGAGACUACUGUAUACCACUCUGCACAGAGGAGUGUGUGCAUGGAAGAUGUGUCUCUCCUGACACUUGUCAUUGUGAACCAGGAUGGGGAGGUACUGAUUGCUCUAGUGGUUGCGAUAGCGAUCACUGGGGACCACACUGCAGCAACCGCUGCCAGUGUCAGAAUGAGGCUCUCUGCAACCCCAUCACAGGUGCCUGCGUCUGCGCGGAUGGGUACCGAGGAUGGCGCUGUGAAGAACUCUGUGACCCUGGGAGCUACGGCAAGGGCUGCCAGUUUAAAUGCCAAUGUCACAAUGGAGCUACUUGCGACCAUAAAACAGGAGAAUGUCACUGUGCUCCUGGAUACACGGGGGUAUUUUGUGAAGAGCGUUGUCCCCCAGGCAGUCAUGGAGCUCAGUGUGAAUUGCGCUGCCCUUGCCAGAAUGGAGGAGUCUGCCACCACAUCACUGGAGAGUGCUCCUGUCCUCCUGGAUGGAUGGGGCUGGUGUGUGCACAGCCAUGUCCUCCUGGAACAUUUGGAAUUAACUGCAGCCAGGACUGUCCAUGCCACAAUGGAGGACACUGUGAUCCCGUGACAGGAAAAUGCAUCUGUACAGCUGGCUAUAUAGGAGACAGGUGUCAAGAAGAGUGUCCUAUUGGAACAUACGGCUUUCAGUGCACACAAAGAUGUGACUGCCAAAAUGGUGCAAAGUGUUAUCAUGUAAAUGGAGUGUGUAUGUGUGACCCUGGAUUUAAAGGUAUUUAUUGCCAAGAAAGAAUGUGUCCAGAAGGAUUUUAUGGCCUCAAAUGCAACAAGAGAUGUCCUUGCAAUAUUACCAACACUCUCAGUUGCCAUCCAUUGUCUGGAGAAUGUAGCUGCAAAGCUGGCUGGGCUGGACUCUACUGCAAUGAAACCUGUCCUCCUGGAUACUACGGUGAAGGCUGCCAGCUGACCUGCCCUUGCCAGAAUGGUGCAGAUUGUGACAGCAUCACAGGGAAGUGUACAUGUGCACCAGGAUAUAUGGGAGAUGACUGCACCAUUACCUGCAUGGCAGGAACCUACGGAACCAAUUGCUCAUCAGUUUGUAAUUGCAAAAAUGAUGGUGCAUGUUCCCCUGUGGAUGGUCUGUGCUAUUGCAAAGAAGGGUGGCAAGGAGUGGAUUGCUCUAUUCCAUGUUCAAGUGGAAGCUGGGGUCUUAACUGUAACCAGACAUGUUACUGCACAAACGGAGCAGCCUGCAGGCCAGCUGAUGGCUUUUGUCUCUGCUCACCUGGGUGGCAAGGGGACUACUGUGAUCAGCCAUGUCCUGAUGGAACAUAUGGUCUUAAUUGCAGUGAGCGUUGUGACUGUAGCCACGCAGAUGGGUGUGAUCCUGUCACCGGUUACUGCUGCUGUCUUGCAGGCUGGACAGGCAUCCACUGUGAUAACAUAUGCACCCAGGGCCGCUGGGGGCCAAACUGCUCCAUCUCCUGUAACUGUGAGAACGGGGGAUCCUGCUCCCCAGAGGAUGGCACCUGUGACUGUGCACCAGGAUACAGAGGACCCUUGUGCCAGAGAAUUUGUCCCCCUGGCUUUUAUGGACACCACUGCAGCCAGCCGUGCCCUCAGUGCGUGCACAGCAGCGGGCCUUGUCACCAUGUGUCAGGACACUGCGAUUGCUUGCCUGGAUUCUUUGGCGCUCUCUGCAACCAAGUCUGUCCCAGUGGAAAAUAUGGGAAGAACUGUGCCGAGGCCUGUCAGUGCACUGAGAACGGGACGUGCAAUCCUAUUGAUGGAUCCUGUCAGUGUUUCCCAGGCUGGAUAGGGACAGACUGCUCUCAGACUUGUCCCACUGGUUUUUGGGGCCCUGAUUGCUUUCAUUCAUGCAACUGCCACAACGGAGCAAUGUGCAGCCCUUACGAUGGAGAAUGUCGAUGUACUCACGGUUGGACGGGGCUCUACUGCACUCAGCGUUGCCCAGCUGCUUUUUAUGGAAAAAACUGUGCCAAUGUUUGUCAGUGUCAGAACGGAGCAGACUGUGACCACAUCACUGGCCAGUGCACGUGCAGGACUGGAUUUACAGGCAAACAAUGUGAGCAAAAGUGCUCACCAGGAACAUUUGGUUAUGGUUGCAAACAACUAUGUGAAUGCAUGAAUAAUGCUACAUGUGACCAUGUCACAGGUACUUGCUACUGCAGUCCAGGCUUCAAAGGAAUCCGAUGUGAUCAAGCGGCUCUCAUGAUGGAAGAAUUAAACCCCUAUACUAAAAUUAGCCCUGCUCUUGGAUCAGAGAGGCACUCAGUGGGAGCAAUCAUUGGAAUUAUUAUUCUCCUUCUAAUUAUUAUGGUCUUGCUGGCACUGUUUGUGUGGUAUCGACGGAAACAGAAGGAGAAGGGCCAUGACAUGCCAAGUGUAUCUUAUACUCCAGCCAUGAGGAUGACUAAUAGAGAUUACUCACUUUCUGAUAUAUCCCAAGGUAGCGGCAGUGUACAUUGUUUUUCCAAUCCAAGCUACCACACUCUCUCAUGUGGUGUGACUUCACGCUUCUUUACCAGUAAUCUGGAUGGAAACAGCUCCAGUAAGCUCAGUAACAAAAUCCUUGACAGAGAAACUGCAGACUGGAGACCCUACAGCUAUCUGAAUGAACUAGGUGCUUGUGGGAUGGAUAGACGUCAGAACACAUACAUAAUGGAAAAAAGCUUCAAAGAUUAUAUGAAAGAAUCUGUGUGCAGCUCCAGCACUUGUUCUCUGAACAGCAGUGAAAACCCAUAUGCCACCAUUAAAGACCCCCCCAUUUUAACAUGCAAACACUCCGAGAGCAGCUACGUGGAAAUGAAAUCACCUGGUCACAGGGAGUCCCCAUAUUCAGAAAUGCCAACUUCAUCAACAGCCAAUAAAAACAUCUACGAAGUUGAGCCCACUGUCAGUGUGGUCCAAGACGCCCGCGCUCGGAGUGCCAGUUACCUCCAAAAUCCAUACGACCUGCCUAGGAACAGUCACAUUCCUAGUCACUAUGACCUCCUCCCCGUAAGGCACAGCCCGACGCACGGGCCAUCUUGGGACAAGCAGUCUUAAAAGGGAUGAACUUCAUUGUGCACUGUGCUGCAAACACACACUCUGAGGAAGCAAAAGAGAAGACAAUCCUUUUCUGCGCUGCAGGAUGCUGACGGGAUUUCAGACUGUCUUACGCAAGGACCUAAUGUAACACAACAUCUGCCUGGGCCAACUGCUGCUGCAUGAUGUUAUUUAUAAAGACAUUUUUAUAUGGGUAACAGGAACUAACGAGAACCUCCUCCACGUGUGACUGGAGUACAUCACCCCAGGAAGGUGGCUACAUACUCCAGGCAAAAACUCUGUGGCGUGUAUUCUAACCCUGGCUUUGCUGUAAAAUAAAACACAAAAACAUGCUAAGUAGACGGACUUAUACUACCAACUGCAUCAAGAAACCUUUUACUGUUAGGAACAAAGUGACUAGGAAUUCACUGGAAUAUAUUUUCAUCUUUGUCAUGGAAAUGGACAUUUUUUCUGAAUGAAAGCAGGGAAACUUGUCAUUUCACUGUCUGGAAACCUCAUUUACUGCCAUCACCAUGUGCAACCUGUGCAGCUCACACUUGGUAAUGAGCACUGAGAUUUUCAUCCUUAUAUUCAGUACCAGGGUAUUUCAGUUGAAGCGUAUUAGCACAGACACAUUCUGUACAGUUUUUUAAAAUGUAACAUCUUGGCAAACAUCCACUGAUCUCUGCUAAUGACUUGAGUUUCAACAGUGAGUCUCACAGCCAACCUACCACACUUUUAAAAAGCUAUAAAGUAUUUUGAUUGGCACAGAUAGGCAUUAAUUUUCCUUAUACAGCUUUUAUUUUUUUAGAUAAUUCCACCAGCUUUGUCAGGCAGUGUAAACCGAUGCACCUUCACUCCCGGCCCGGGGACACAGCCGGUUUGCACAGACUAACCCUGGUUUGGUUUCCUUUCCUAAAGCUAAGACACGUCUGCUCAUCUUUACAAACCAUCUCAUCACGAUUCGCUUAACAGCAUGCCGUUUGUGAUACCCUUUGAUUUGAUGUGCAUUACCAUGUAGUGCAACUUUAUCCGUUGAUGAUUCUACCUGAAAUGUCAUUAAAUUGAGCUGAAACUGGGUUUUCUUUUUCAGCACCUGUUUGUGAACUAAUUAUCAAGGGGUUGGCCCAUGGUAAAGUUUUGGACUAAGCCACCAUGAGUAUUUUUUUUUUAAUGAUCUUUAUUGACCUAGAUAGUAGAAUACUUGCCGUUAAGCAGUUCCUUGUAGAUUUUGAGCAUGAAAUAGUAUUGAUUCUAAGUACGUAAUUUUAUUAGGCAAACGUGGAAGCAGCAAGUUGAUUUCCUCUUAAAUAUAUAAAAAAAAAUAAUUCUGUUGCACAUUCACCACUUUGAUGGAAGUAGAAGAGAAUGAAACCAGCAUCAAUCUGUUUGCUCUAAGCAUGAUCAUUCGCGUAACCUGCUGGUCUAGGGGACGGGGACAAGGAGCCUUCCAGCUCGGAAGCAGCAGCUUGAUGCUGGCUCAGAGUCAGACCAGGCAUCGGAUCACUCGGAGCACCCUGAUGGGGCCGAGCCCGUGUCCCCGCAGACGGGCUCAGCCCUCACCUCUGGGAUGGAAACCCCUCACACAGUGGUACUGAGCCACCCGCAACCUGCACAGCACCCCUGGGUGCACCACUGCAACACGCUCGUGUAUCAGGCUGCGGGGAGCCCCGGCGCGGCGCUGCAGAAGGAGCUGGGACCCCAGCGGGUGGUCGGCUCGGCUCUGAACCCCACUGUGCAAACCAGUUCUGCAGUGAGGCAGCUGAGCUGAGCCCAGAGAUGCCCCAGGCUUCCAGAGCAGCAGAUUUUCAUGUUGCAGGAUAAUGCAUAAGUAGUUACAUGAAUGCUGCAUGUGUGCAUGGGGCCAAUGACUGAUCAGCAAUAGUAAUUUUAUUUUCCAGGAAAGCCUUAUUUGAGAUGUAAGUAGACAAUUAUUUUGUAGGGCCAGUAGAAAUAUAUUUUAUGUACCUGAAUAGAAAGACUUACCUCAAAUCUAUCAAGAGAAAGGCAGUUUGGUAAGGAAUACUCUCGUUAGAGACCUACCUUGACACCUAGCACAAGCAGUCUCAGCUGCCGGCCUGACCAAUCUUUGUGUGUGUUGCUGUAAAGCUUCCGAUGAGACUCCAGAGAGCAGAGUUGUGCUCAGUUGGGGUUUUUUUCAAAGCUGGAUUUUCAAACCAAAUGCAACAGUGUGCACAGAGCUUAACAGGAAAAAAACAAAACAAAACCAACAAAAAAGUACCUUCUUGUAUAUUAGCAUUAGCUUAGGAAAUAGGCACCAAAAUGGCAAUACUUUUUUAAGGCAAGACAGAUUUGUAAUAUAUUUGUUCACUGUGCAAAGGUAUUCACCUUGUACAAAAUAAAUUGAACUUCUCUCAGUGUGUAUUUUCUGAAACGUACUCAUUUGCAGACUUAAACAGGUCAGAGUCCUCCAGGCGACGUGGCUGGUCACAAAGGGGCUGCCCCCUCAACAAAAAAAAAAAACCAAACAGGAGGCAUCAGGUUUACAAGCCAGAAGUCACAGGAUUUCUCAGAAACCACAAUGCUGUAAUUCAGACUGUAAUUUGGAGUUCAUUUCAAGUAACGCCUAAGUUUAAAACAAAACGUAACUGGCUCUGUACGUAUCCUUCUUACAAUUCCUCAACAGUUUAACCUUAGCGGGUCUGAGCAAGAGACCUCGAUGAUGCACAAACCCAGCCGGACCAGAUCCUGCACACCUACAAAGAGCAAUCUGCAGCAAGUACCAGCACCAGGUCUCUCUCCGAUUUCCACGCGAUGCAAUUCAGCGCGUGUCAGGACAGCCUCUGUGCCACUAGCGGGUCGUCUUGCCUUCAGGUGGGCGCUGGAGGGUACAGGCCAGCACAGCAUACCCUACUGCCCCUGCAGUGAUGAGCCAGGACACAUGGCAGCCACCUCAGCAGGUUUGACAGCACUCCCAGGAAGCCUAAUCAAUAAAUCACGAGCAUAGAUUUGCAGCAGAAACACCUUCAGAAUUAAUGACUCCCAGGCAAUGCAGCUGACUGCUACAUGCUGAAGCUUUUCCAAUAUUUGUGCUUCAUAUUUCCAAAAAUCUUGUUAACUAAAGCCCAGCAUGUAAUCUUCUUAUUUGACAAGCCAUACUCAAUAAGCUAUUUAAAGCUGGAAAUUCAUCAGGUUUGAACUGAUAGAAUAAGUAAUUCUAGCUUAAUAAAAAUGUCUUUAAAUCAGAACAACUCCAUGUCCUUUCUGCUUAAGAGUCAGAACCUCAACUCCCAUCAAAUACAAGAACCACUGAUGCUUGCUGAACAGCUUCAGAAUUGUUAAGGUUGUGACUAUUCAAAUAUGUAAAUGACAGCAAAAGCUUUUUGGCAAGUAAAGCUCAUUUUGCAGCAUUAUAGAGAGUUCCCAGAAACUCCAAAAGCUCAUUUCAGGGCCCAAAAGCAAUAUCUGUUAUAAUCAGUUGUCUCUUAUUAGCAGAAAAGAGACACUUCAGUGCAGAAAUAACGCCAAUUACAGAAGAGAAUGAUUAAUCAGCAGCUGAACAGGAACAAUAUGCCGUUGGGUCAGUGUUCAGACAGAAUAAUGUCUUGCAUUGUCUCUCCCAAAGCACUUUGUGAAGCACGUUCUUGUCCCAGGAGCGUCACCCAGCCCAGGGCCAGCCAGGAUCUGCUGCCGCAGCACUGCAGUGCUUAGUCAGGAAAAAGCAGUAUAAAACCAUAGAACACGAGGCAAAGGCUUUAAUGGGUAAGAAGUUACAUCCCUGUAUAAACUCUGUUUGAUUUUGCUUUAGAAGUCGAUGGCUUAUGAAGGCUUUACAAACUAUUGCAUGAAAACAUUGUUCUAUGUUGCAGCAGUUCGUAAGUACAAAAGCAGAUUUUGCACAGCAUUUCCACCCAAGGCCUGAUGGAAAAAAAGAAAUUAAGAGCUCUUACUGUCUCUAACAGCACCCACAGCCAUUUCACAGCUGCCCAGGACUUACACACAGCACUCUCUGUUGUGGACCAAAGGAAGAAGCACGUGCAAACUCUGCGUGGGGCAGGGGUGGCGUCGGCCUCCAACAGCCAUCUGUGCUCCCACAGCCUUUGUCACGGUUGCAUUUGCUGCAGAAGGAAGCAACUUGCAUAAAAGCACGUGAAAUCCAAACCUGACAUGAUAGCUAAGUCAAGUUGCCUGCUUACAUGAAUCAGAAAAGAAAGCGAAGCGAAACUCAUCCUGCAUUUCCAGUUGACAAAUUUAGAACUUGGCUGCUGCGGUAAUUUGGUUAAUUCCAAAAUAUGCUCUGGUCUGGUUAGAGAAAAUGCUGUGGGAACAACUCCCACAGUGAGCAAGGGCCCAGCCUGACGCCUUGUCCUUACGCUCUCCUGCAAUACCAAGAGGCCCUACAUAGCCUUUGUCCCCAGAGCCACCACACGUGCGGGGGCAGCUGCUGCUGGGGACACUGGCAGUCUGGCGCCUGAGCACCACCUCUUCAGCAGGACCCACAGCAGGAUCACAAAGCCAUAAUAAUUUGCUGUAGAAAGCAAUACCUUGCUGUCCACAGAAGUUUCUUACUGGUGACAAUAUGGACAAGAAAACCCAGACAGGUUUGUAAAAGCUAUUCAGAGGUUUCACUGGAGUGAACCCACAGACCUCUCAGAGUCCAAGAGCUCCCUGACACUGCCAAACCGUCAUGGCUAUGAACUGCAGCAGCCCCAAAAAGCUGCAGGCCUGGUCUGAAUAACGAAGGCAACUGUCAUGUAACACGACCCUUUCGGUUCCUAUUCUGGGUGUACUUCCACUUCAGCAUCUUCUCAGAACCAGUUCAAAGAAGCUUACUAGCUUCCAGCACAUAAAGACCUUCACGUCAGUUCCCAGUUCUCCCAAAAAACCGCACCCAACACCACACUGAGUUGUCCCCUGUAAUUCUUUAUUAGAAUCAUGGAUGAAUAGAUUUUAAAUCAAUCUAAAAAAAUAAUGAAUCAAGGUACAGUACAUGCAUAAAAUACAAAGUAAUUUACAAACAGAUCAAAAUAGCAUCUUCAGAACUAAUACCAGGAGGAGAAAUGGAUUUAAAAAAAAAACAAACAAACACAAAAAACAA